UGAUAUAAAGGGAAAAAUAAAACAGACCCUGUGCAAGUGAGUUCACUGUGGAUCUAGACACAACACCAUGAGGGCUGUGUUAGUGAUUGCAAUGUGCCUGAUGGCCACAGCUCUGGCCACUACUACUCAAACUUCUGAAAGGGGCAUUAUCAUCAACCUGAAUAAUGGAGAGCUAUGUGCCAUCAGUGCACAGUGCAAGAGCUCCUGCUGCCAUCGUGGUUCCGCUGUCAGCCUGGCUCGCUGUGCCCCACGCGCUGCAGAGAGCGAGACAUGCUCUAAAAAGAGCCUGUAUGGUACAUAUUACCACUGCACUUGUGAGGACGGACUAAAAUGUGACGGUGACUGGUCCAUUGGAGGAUCCAUCGUCAACACCAACUUUGGAACCUGCAUAGACCCUCGUCGGGCUCAGACUACUAAUAACUAAUGCUCAUUACACAACACAGAAUGGAACAAACUUAAAGCCCAAAUAUUGCAGACAUGCAGCGCAUCAAAUGUCAAAGGCAAUGUUCAAAUGCCCAGAUAUGAGAAACUAUGAAUUACUUUGAUCAAAUUGAUUGAAUGCCACUCUACAUCAGUCAAUUUACCUGUCAAAAGCCAUACUGAAAUUUUAAUGGAUUUUCAGAUAAAAAGAUUAUAGUUCAGUUUAGUCAUACUUCCAGUAAUAAUACAACAUAGCACCAUAUUCAAAGUACAUUAUAUCUAAUGCCCAACUGUAUCAAAAAUGGAAAUUCAAGGUCAGCACUGAUGUCAUCCAGAAUCUCUGAGUGCUAGGGUUAUUUUAGCCCAUGCCAGCAUAACACUAUUGGUUAUUGGUGGUAUUCUGUCAUGGAGUUGCAUGUUGAUACAAUCAAUUAAAAAAAUCUUUUCGAACAAAA